UGCCAUAUUUGAGCCAUGUAUAAAACGGCCAGCAUUCUUAUCGCAAAGACAUACGAGCAUCUUGGCGGAGAAAAGAUCCCACUUUCAAUGAUGAAGAACCUUCUGAGCAUCACUAUUUUGGCUGCCGUGGUGUGCCUGGCUGUCACUGCGCCUGCAGCAAAGAAGGACGCGCCAGCCACUGCCGACGCUGGCAAGGAAGAGAAGAUCGAGGGACGAGGUGGUCUCUUUGGCGGCGGUCCUCUUGGUUACGCUGGAGGCUUCCCAGGCCAUCUUGGCGGUGCUGCCUACGGCCAACAGGCGGGCGGCUACCAAGGAGGAUUCGCCGGUGGCGCCCAGGGCUUCAACCAGGGCUCGGCUGGCUUUGCCGGUGGCAACUCGUUCAGGAACGUGCAGGGCUACAACAACCAGAUGGGCUACAGCUCCAGCACAGGCUUCUCCAAGACUGACUCGAACCGCUACGGAACCGGUUACGGCCAGCAUUCCGGCGGCUUCGCCGGUGGCGCCGCGGGUCACCAGGGUAGUUUUGGACAGUCUGGCUUCGGACAAGUCGGUGGAAUUGGCCAUUUUUAGAGAAGACGCAAGAUCAAGUCACAGUGAUCACGACUAAAUCCGUGUUCAAGAUGUAAAAAACAAUUUUGUACAAAUUUGUUAAUAAAUUAUUUUUAUUUUGUUCAGAA